AUGUCAAGCGAAACCGUCGUCCUGAUCACCGGUGCUAAUAGGGGUCUUGGCCUAGGCCUCGCGAAACUCUACCUCCAGCAGCCCAAUACCAAAGUCAUCUUGACAACCCGCACUUCCCCCGCCGAGUUGCGCGACGCCUUGCCAAAAUCAUUCGCUGGGACACUGCAUGGUAUUUACAAACUCGACAGCAUCUCCACCGCCGACGCCAUCGCUCUACGCGAAUCCCUCCUUGCCAAUAGUAAUGACACUAGUGGCGAUGCUGGUGUGUCGAAAAUAGACAUCGUCAUUGCUAAUGCUGGCGUUGGCGACCCAUUCACGAGCGUCCUCGAUGCCCCCAUCGAUGCCCUGGCCAAUCUUUAUCAAAUAAACGCUCUCGGCCCCGUUCGUCUGUACCAGCAGCUAUGGGAUCAGCUCUUGAGCAAGUCUGAGAACCCGAAAUUCAUCUUGAUCAGUUCUGUUCUGGCAUCUCUGCACUAUGUAGACCCGACCCCCUGUGGAGGGUACGGGGCGGCGAAAGUGGCGGCGAAUUAUUUCGUCAAGAAAAUGCAUCUGGAGAACGAGAAGCUAGUGGCGGUGUCUCUGCACCCUGGAUGGGUCAAAACUGGAAACGGACAAGCAUAUGCGGAUGCAAUUGGGAUACCAGAGCCGCCUAUGACUAGUGAAGAGUCGGUGGAUGCGAUCUUCAAAACUAUCACUAAUGCCGAGAAACAAACCACAUCGGGCAAAUUUAUCGACGCUGCCAGUGGACAGGAACUUCCAUGGUAA